UCCAUCCUUCUCUCGACUUAAUGUCAGUGCGAGCGCGCGCUUUCGAACGCGAGGGACGAUCAGUCUGUUCUCCACGUUCUUCACGUAAGGACGAUUGCCAUUCGCUCCGUCCGAUAAAUCACGACGUGAACGGUCAUCGCUUCGACCGUUUAUCCAGAUUGAGCUAGAAUGCAUUUGAUAACACGGAUAUACGUACGUUAGAAACGUUCGGGGUAAACGAACGUUUCGUGACAGUGAACGUGUUCACGAGUUUUAUCUUUACGUGUCAUCGCCUUUCAAAUGAGUGUCGAGAUAGUGAUGCAUCGGUGUAAUCAAUGUUGAGAAAUUAACGCUGCACUUGUAUGGCUCGGGUUUUCUCACUGAAACGGAAACGUCGGGGCAAUAAUAUUUCGUUUUUUGUGUUAUGACCCAGCCAGCGUCCAAGACGAUUUUCGUUGUCGAGCAUCAAUUAUUGUUGCAUCAAUACUUUAUUUGAUAUAACUCCGAGAUGAGGCCGCUCAUGAUUUACGUAAUUGUUUGCCUGUUGUCGGUGAUCGUUAUUAAUUGUCGAGUUGUUGAAAACGAUACCAAUGGGAAUCAGUGCAAUAAACGCCGACGAAGAUUUUCCAUCGAGGAAUUGCUCACCGUCAAGUUUCCGCACGCUAUUACCGGAGAUUUGGAUAUCGAUAUUUGUAAGGCUGGCGGUUUUCUUGGUGACAUUGCAUUGCCGAAUAUCGAAUAUGACACGGAAUGGCGCGAACAAAAAUUAAACAAGAGCUAUCUGGAAGAAUUGAGAAAAUACAGAGAAGAAGUAUUAAAAGAGGGUCUUCAAAUAGAAGAGGAAGGUCUUACGGAAAUUCUCCAAUUUAGAAGCGAACAUGAUGCUAAUAAACAGAUACUUCGUGAACAUGAUGAGGGAGUUGUUUUGAAGAAGCCAGAGUCGUACAUGGUAAACCACAACCAAUAUAGCACGAGCGAUGUCUUUGAUGAUGGUUUCAGCUUUAAUGCUAGAAACGACGAUUCUAUCCCUACUAUAAAAGAUAAGAAUUUUGAAUUCAGAUUGGAAUUCACAACCCAAACUUCGAAAAAAAGGCAUUCUGUGCAACAAGUUCAUCGAAAACUUCCGAUAACGAUAUUGAUGUCAGGAUCAAUGAAAACCAAACGACCAAUUGAUGAUAUGCUUCUUGAAUUUUCAACCUCUGCAGUUUCUACUACUGAGACUAGUAAAUAUAUAGAUCAUAUAUAUACAAACAACUUCAAAGAAACAUUCACUGCUCAACCUGUUAUGAGUACGCAAAAUCACUUGUCAAGCGGACGACGUCGACGUCAUUAUCGCAAAAGAACUUCGCGAAGAUGUUUUCACCGUCAUUGCAAUCGGAGAAUGCGUAACUUUAUUGCCGACAUGUCGGAUGAAAUUGUUUCCAUACAUGAUCGACGUCUACGUUCCAUUGAAUUUUAUGGUAUGGACUACAAAUACUUAUCUACCAAGCGCAACAUGAGACAUGCGUUUCAAAAUAGAAUACGUCGUGCGGCCACUGCAAGAAAGGAGCGAGUAUGGGAUCACGGCGUGAUUCCUUAUGAGAUUGAUGGGAAUUUUUCUGGCGCGCAUAAGGCCUUGUUCAAGCAGGCAAUGAGACACUGGGAGAAUUUCACAUGUGUUAAAUUUGUGGAAAGAAUGCCCAGAGAACAUCCUAAUUACAUCCUGUUUACAGAAAGACCUUGUGGGUGUUGUUCUUUUGUUGGAAAAAGAGGAAACGGACCACAGGCUAUUAGCAUUGGAAAGAAUUGUGAUAAAUUUGGUAUAGUUGUACACGAAUUAGGUCACGUUGUCGGAUUUUGGCAUGAACAUACCAGGCCAGAUCGUGAUCGUCAUGUACAAAUUAUACGCGAUAAUAUUAUGAGCGAAUGCGGUAGAACUUUUCAAGAGAAUAGUGGUAAUUUCGGAUCACCGAAUUAUCCAAACAAUUCUCCACCUAUAGAUGGAGAGCGAUGUGAAUGGAGGAUUACAGCAACUCAUGGUGAACGAAUCGUUUUGAAUAUCACAUUCCUUGAUAUCUUCAAAAGUGAUUAUUGCCGCAGCGAUUAUCUUGAGAUUCGAGACGGAUACUGGUAUAAGAGUCACGUAUUAGGUCGAUUUUGUGGUAGCGGCAAGAUACAUGAGCCAAUAGUAUCGAGCGGAAGUCGUAUGUUGGUGACAUACAUAACGUCUAGUAGACAAAGUGGCCAUCGUGGUUUCACAGCUAAUUAUGAGGCUGUUUGCGGCGGUGAUGUUGAAUUAGAUAGCAUAGGUCAUUUAGAGUCACCGAACUAUCCAGAAGAAUAUCAAUCCAGUAAAGAGUGCGUGUGGAGGCUGUCUGUACCUCAAGAUUAUCAAGUGGCCUUGAAGUUCGAAUCUUUUGAAAUCGAGAAUCAUGAUAAUUGUGUAUAUGAUUAUGUCGAAGUGCGUGACGGACAUAAUGACGAUUCCCCUUUAAUUGGCGUUUAUUGCGGAUAUAAAAUACCGCCAGAUAUCAAGUCAACGGGAAAUAGAUUGCUCGUUAAAUUUGUUAGUGAUGCUUCUGUACAAAAAGCUGGUUUCUCAGCAACUUUUAUGAAAGAAUUCGACGAAUGCGUAUUAACGGAUCACGGUUGCGAGCAUGACUGUAUCAAUACACUCGGUGGUUACGAAUGUUCUUGUAAAAUUGGUUACGAGUUACACUCCGAUGGCAAACAUUGUGAAGAUGCUUGCGGUGGAGUUUUUGAUGAUAGUAACGGUACCAUUACGAGUCCAUCUUUUCCUGAAACAUACCCAGGAAAUAAAAAUUGUAUCUGGGAAAUUGUUGCACCACCUCAAUAUCGCAUCACUCUAAAUUUUACACAUUUUGAUCUCGAAGGUAAUAAUAUAUACCAGGAACAAUGCGAAUACGAUUCCGUAGAAGUGGCGAGCAAACUUGGUGAUGAUGUUCUGAGAAAACAUGGGAUAUUUUGUGGUGCGCGAUUACCACCACUGAUAACAUCUGAAGGCAAUAUCAUGAGAAUCAUCUUUACAUCAGACAACAGUGUUCAAAAAUCAGGUUUUGCUACCAUAUUUUUCACGGAUAUGGAUGAGUGUGCUAAUAACAAUGGAGGAUGUCAGCAUGAAUGCAAAAAUACGAUAGGUUCUUAUCAAUGUUCUUGUCAUAAUGGUUUUACACUUCAUGAAAAUGGCCAUGAUUGUAAAGAAGGUGGUUGCAAAUAUGAAAUCAUUGCACCUACGGGAACUAUUACUUCACCGAACUACCCGGACUAUUAUCCUGGCCGUAAAGAUUGUGUUUGGCAUUUUACUACAAAACCGGGUCAUCGAAUAAAAUUGGUUUUUAAAGUCUUUGAGAUGGAGCCACAUCAGGAAUGUGCAUAUGAUCAUAUUGCUAUUUACGAUGGCGAUUCGCCAGAUAGCAUUAUUUUAGGUAGAUUUUGUGGUACCAAGGAACCACAUCCAAUUCUUGCAACGAGCAAUCAAAUGUAUAUGGUUUUUAAAAGCGAUGCUUCUGUGCAAAGAAAAGGAUUUCUGGCAACUCAUAGUACAGCUUGUGGUGGUCAUCUUAUGGCAACGGAUAAGGUGAAACAUUUAUAUUCUCAUGCUAGAUAUGGUUAUCAUCAUUAUGACCAUAGAACCGAUUGUGACUGGGUAAUAGAAGCGCCGCUUGGCAAAAAUGUUCAUCUGUCUUUUCUUUCAUUUCAACUCGAAUAUGAAACUGAAUGUGGAUAUGAUUUCGUUGAAGUCUUUUCCGGUUUAGAUGCAUCUAGUCCACCAUAUGGCCGAUUUUGUGGUAAUUCCAAUACUACCGAUUUUAUUUCUAUGAAUGAAGCAUUGUUAAUAAGAUUUAGAACAGAUGAUACAAUUUCAAACAAAGGCUUUCUAGCCGUCUUUGUGGCGGUCAAUCAGCAAGACAGUGAAGAAAACCUUGGUGGUGAAGAUGAUGAAGAUCAGGAGAAUCUUUGAUCUUUGAUUCAGUUCACUAAUUAAUUGGAAUGAAUUUUGAAUUAAUUAUUUCUGUUUGAAAAGUUAUUUAUGUGGUAAUAUAUUAAGUUCUAUAUACAUUAGAUAUAUUGUCAUCUGUAUUAUUAUAAUAGAAAACAUGCGUUAGUUCAAAGUUUAAAAUAAAUCUUGUUGUAAUAAUCU